AUGCUUACAAAUGCUUGUGAAAUUGGCCCUAGCGAACGAUUAUGGGAGCUUGAAUCGUUGCCAGGAAAGAAUACAAUCACAAACGUGCAAGCGGCAAUGAUAAUCGCCUACCACAUGUCGACCAACAGCUUGGAGCAAGUAGGUGCCGUCUAUGCAAAACGAGCCCGUGAGAUGGGCGAGAAACUAGACUUAUUUGAACCCAAUUACUGCGGCCUAGGAAUGAACAUGAACGAAGCACGUGUCUUUACGGCGUGGGCACUCUUUUCCUGGCAAGCCAUGUUCAGCUUUUACCAGUCUCGUCGUCCAUACUUUCGCGAAACUCCGCGAAUUCCAUUAUAUCUGCACAGGAAAGACAUCUAUAUCAGUCCUCUGGGAGGCUCGAUUGUUGUUUGA